AUUGUGUUGAAGUUGCCGCUGCCUCCGCACAUCUCAUCGUUUCUCACUUUUAGUUUGCCACGCCCCCGAAACUCGACAAUCCCCCCUCAGACGUGAAGCAAUCUUAUACUGCAACAAUGGUCAAGUUCUUUGCGAAGUCGCACAUUUAUGAGGAGUCAUGGUCAACCGUCACUCUCGCUUUCUUCCUCCGUUAUCCCAACCCUCACGCUGCGCAUGUCCUUUCAUGCGAUGUUCUCUCACGUACACAUACGUCUGAGGGCACUCUAGUUACUAAGCGCCUAAUGCUUAAACGGGGUGCUGUACCUAAGUGGUUGCCCAGGGGAAUAGUCUCGCGGGCCGAGAGCUGGAUUGUGGAAGACAGCGAAGUGGAUCCGUGGGGAAAAGUUGUCCGCUGCACAACAAGGAACCUCGAUCAUGUCAAAAUAUUAAACGUGAAGGAGGACGUCGAGCUUAGAGAAGCCACCAAUGGGUCGACCGUGCACAAAACCGAAGCCAGGGUGGUUUCUAACUUUGGCUGGGGCCUUGCCAAGCGGAUUGAGCGCUAUGGGCACGACAAAUUUGAACGCAACUUAGAACGCUCUCGAGCUGGUAUAUCUCUGAUCUUGUCCCUUAUACGAGAUGCUCGUCUGCGGACCCUCGCAAAUGAGCAGCAUGAUCUCCCGCUGACGGGCACCGUACUCGACUCUUUCCGCCCUCGACUUUUCACCUCUUCUUUAGGCUCUCCCUCCACCUCUAUCCAUAGCAUCAACUCUCAGCCUGCACCAAGCGAGCCAAUUAGGUCUAAGAGAUGGUCCACAGUGGGGAGCGACCAAAGCGGAGUGACAGGAAAUCGAAUUUCUCCCUCAUCAACCGGAAAAAGCAGGUGGAACCUAUUUGCAUGGCUUCGUUCCUCGUCCUGAACCAUCCAACUAUCGAACGCUUUAUUAUUUCUUGCUUUCAUCUGCUUGGCAUUUGCUGUCGUUGCCGGCUCUAUUGGUUGGUCGGGAUCUAAUUGAAAGCACUCGUCGCCCCUUCGUUUUUUUUAAAAAAAAACACUAAUCCUUCCCAGCUCGUUCUAUUUAUUACACUUGUACUGUUAUUGUAUUUGUAGCUGUGUUUGACGAGACUUGUUCCUCGCCCGGUAGUGUAGAAACUUCGGCGAGCAAAUCGACCUCGUGGGGAAGGGUGCGCCAAUGUUGAAUGGCGCUGAUUUCACAUAUUUCCCUACCAGAACAUUGCAUCUCAAAUUCAGCG